AUGCAUCUACACUCCAAAUUGGAAAACCUUUUAUCAGAUGAAACUAGAAAAGGUUUAGUGCAUUGGACUCGACGAUUCCAAAUUAUCCGCGGGAUUGCUCGAGGACUCGUUUAUCUUCAUGAAGAUUCUAGAUUAAGAAUUAUCCACCGAGAUCUCAAGACAAAUAUUCUUCUAGACAAAAAUAUGAAUCCUAAAAUAUCAGACUUUGGUCUUGCUAGAACAUUAUGGAGAGAUGAAGCUAAAGGCGAAACAAGAAGUGUAGUAGGAACUCGUUUUGAUGUUAUUAUACUAGAGAAAAUCAGUGGAAAAGAGAACAGGGAAUAUAGUGACUAUCACGAUCUCAAUCUUCUUGGAUAUAGCCUUGUUUAUGUGGAUGAUUUGUUGAUUGCAGGUAAUAACAUCCAGCUUAUCAAUCAAACCAAACAGCUUCUGCACCAACAUUUUCAUUUGAAAGACCUUGGGCCACGGAAGUACUUUUUGGGACUCGAAGUAGCUAGAAAUUCAACAGGCAUUCACAUCAAUCAAAGAAAAUACACUCUUGAUCUUCUCUCCACAGCUGGUCUUCUAGCCUGCAAACCAGCUAAGACACCAAUGGCACGAGACACAAGACUGUCAGCACACAAUGGCACAACCAUGUCUGAUCCUACCAAAUGCAGAAGGCUUGUUGGUCAACUCAUCUAUAUUUUCUCAACACUCGCCUAG